GGCGGUUGCCACGGACUACACCCAAACAAACUUCAUUUUGUAACAAUGUCAAACUAUUUAGAUGAAAUUUUGAAAACUCUAGGGUGGGAAGAUGGCUUUCAAAUACCAGUCGCCAAUGCGGAAAACCAACAACUCGAAGCGGAGGUUGCCAGACUCACGCUUCAAAAAAUCAAAGAGAAAACAGCGUUUGAAACAUCGACUGUCAAACUUGAAAACAUCGAAAAUCACCUCAAAUAUGUUAAGCAAGAAAGCGAGCAAAAUCAGAAUUUGAUCACUGCACAUGCCCAACAACUGCAAACUGAGGAGAGUAAACUCCGAUUAAGCACCGCCGAAAAGGAUAAAUUCGAGCAGGAUAUAAAACUCUGCGAGAAAAAAUUCGCCGAUAUCCAAGAACGGCAUUCAAUCAAGAAAAACCAAUUAGAGAGAUAUGUAAAGAAAUUGGACAAACUAAAAUCGGAAACGGAUUGGGAUAGUGAGGCUCUGAAAGCUUGGGAAGAGUCGUUAAAAAAGCGAGACGACGACAAUGAAUUGAUAAAAAAAUUCUCGAAACAAGACGACCGAAAGUACAACGAAUUGGAAGCCAGACGCCAAAAUUUGGAAGUCGAAUUUGCCAACAGAAAACAAACAAUCGAUAAAAUGGUCUCCGAUUUGAUUAAUUACGAACGCGUAUUAGAGCGCACAGGAAAAAUCAUGAAACAACAAGUUGUCGAGCGAAAUGCCCUCAUCCAACAAUGGAAAGAGUCGGUGAAUAUUCUGCACCAACGCGACAACGACAUUGACCGCCUCCAGGCCCAAAUGUUGGAAACCCAGGAAAUAAUCGAGAAAGAAGAGGAAAAACUGGAUGAGCAGAAACAGUUUUACGAAAACGAAGUGCGAAAUAACAACGAAUUGGAGCACGAAGCCCAACAGUUGAAUCUCUUAAACUCGAGAAUCCGUCGAGAGUUGAAUGAAAUGUCCCAAAAUUUGUUUUUUCUCAACAGUCAAGCUGAUACUUUGAGAAGAACCAUGAUUCUUGCAGCUAAUCAGCUGGAAAAAGAACGUGUACUGAAAAAACACGCAAAGGAAGAAAUCGAAAAGAUGGAACACAAAAAUUCAAUUUUCCGAGCCAAGUUAGACGUUUUAAAGGCCAAGAAUGAGCAAGUGAAAAAGUCGACUAUGUCAGCCGAUGAACGCAUGAAACAUUUGGAGAAGUUGAUUGAUUAUGAACAAAAGCAACAGAAAACGUUGCAACUUGAAGCCGAGUCGCUUCAAAAUACGUAUUUUCGGACCCAACACGACUUGCAAGAACAGCAGAGUACUGGAAAAAUGCGAGAUCUUGAGAUUUAUGGGAUGACCACAAAUAUUAAUCACUUGCGAAAACAUAAUGACGAUCAAAAGAAGGCGUUAGGGAAGCGAAAGGAGGAUGCGUACGAUUUGGAUUAUAGAAUUGAUGAGGUUCAAAGUAAAAUUCUGAUAAACGAAAAUGUGCUUCACAGUGAUGAUACGGAAGAACUCGAAGGAAAACUUGUCGAGUUGGAAAGCAAAAUUGCAGAACAUGCUGAAAUCAAAAAUUUGUUGAAAGAUCAAGUGAACAAAAUCAGAGACGAUAUGCGAAGACUGACCACAGCAAUCGUCGCUGAUCAAAAUCAACUAAGCGUCUUAAAAGACAAGCUGCAACACCAACACUUGAAUUUCGAAGGAGGGCAAAAACAAUUACAAGUUUUAAAAAACAGUAUACAAGAAAAGCAAGUUGAGGAAAACAUCCUACGUCUACGUGUCAACCAAUUAAACAAAGCAAUGAAAAAAGAAGAAAACAGCAUCUAUACUAUGAAAAAAUUUAAAUUAACUUUGGAACAAGCCACUCAAGAACGCAUGUUGGAAAUUGAAACAAGUAAAGAUAUCCUUCUUGCAAAAAGGCGUAACUUGAGUGAAGACAAUGGAAGAUUAAGAUGCGAUAUAGCUGAAAGAAGGAUAAAAUUGGAUCAGUUUAAGAAAAAAUAUGACAUUAUUUUGGCCAGUUUGGGGAAAGAUGAGGACGGACAGCCACUUUCUGUUACUCAUUUUAAGAUUAAAAAUGCACAAGAAAAGUACUUUUUGCAACAGGAAGGUGAUGCACUUGAUAUGAAGAUAAAAAAGGCAGAAAAAGAAAUUCUUGCGAUGGAAAACACUUUGAAGGUUGUGAACUUAACAAAUGUGGCGUUUAAACAAAGUCUUGGAGCGGUUGAAGAUGAUGGGAGGGAAAUGAGUGAAAUGAAAAUGUUGGAAAACCAAAUGCUCUUAAUAAAUGAUAUUUUGAGGGAGAAUAGGAAAAAGAUGGCGGUAAAACGACAAGAGCUGGAAGAAGUACAAAAUGUAUUAAAAGAGCUUGAAAUAAAACGCGAUCAAGCCAAAGACGCACUUUUCGAGUUGGAAGAAGAAUACUUAAAAACUGAAAAAGAAUGCACUGACAAAGAAGAGAAACUUAAAAGAGCUGAACAUUGUUUAAAACUCGCUCAAAAAAAGGUUCGCCGAACGGAACGCGAAAAAUACGACAGAGACUUGGAAAUCCGUCAACUGAAAGACGCGAAUGUCAGUGCUAUGCAGCGAUUGUUAGAAAUGUCUGUCCGUUAUCAGGAAAUGGCACCGCUGAUUACACGUUACACGCUCGAAUAUGACGUCAAAUUACCCGAAAAACGCACACUUGCCUCCUUGUGUAACUGUUCAGAAUCGUCAAGGUCUACGCCGAGCUAUUGUAAUCAAGAAAAAGACGUUUCUGAUGUUAAAAGCGUCAAAUCUGAGUCCAGUUCAACGAAAAGUUCCGCAAUUUCAAAAGUUUCAAUUGAAAUGGAAUCGAAUACGCCCCCCGAAAGUGGGAAGAAAGUCGUGUUAGAGAAUCUAUCAAAAGAGGAAUUGAUUAAACGAUGCGAACGGCUUUUGAUUCUCGCCCAGAAAGCGAAACAGGCGAAGGAUGCGCUCCAGGAAGAAAAUACUGACCUAAAAAGUAAACUGAAGUCGGAAUCUGGAGAUGCUACAAAUGUAAUUAUCGAAAAUUUGACCCAGCAAAAGUUGCACUACGUUACCACGAUUGAAGACUUGAAAAACCAAAAUGCCAUUUUAGUGAAUAAACUACAAAAUUGCACGCAAGAUGCACGGCUGUGCGAAGAGAAGGAUAGGCUUGAAAGCGAGAAUAUUUCUUAUAAAAGGCAAAUCAAGCGUUUGACGGAUGAAAAUGAGCAGUUGAUUACGCAUUUGGAGUCACUGGAAAAACAACUUGAAGAGUGCAAAAAUCUAGGACUUGAACAGCAAAAUCAUUUGCUGAUGUUAGAAAAGAGCAACAGGUUGUUGGAAGACACUAAUCAAAAGUUACAGAGUGACAACACAAGUGAUAAGUCUGCAGAGUUGCAGAAAAUGCUUAGUAUUAGUUUAGAGGAAGUUAAAAAGCUCCAGGCUGAAAAUAAUUCAAUGACGGAGAAAAUUGAGGUGCUCAAAACGAAUUUAGGGGAGAAGGAUAAGAAUAUUUUAAUAAUAAGUCAAGAAUUGCAAGAAAAAUUAAAACUGGUUGACAAUUUCGAAAAAAUCAAGAAUGAUUAUGAAUUAAGGGAAAUGAAAGAAGUGGAGUUGGAAAAAAUUGUUGAAAAACUCAAAGAAAGACUUAAGUUUUAUCACUCAAAAAUUGUAAAACUGGCAAGUAAUGUAAAGGUUUUGAAAGAAAGCAAAAACGAUGUUUUGAGUUUGCUUAAAACAUACGUAAAUCAAGUGGAAGAAUGGAAAGGACAAUUGAACGUAGCUUCAGAAAAGUUGUGUCACGAAAUUAACAAUAUUAAACUGCAAAACUCUGAAUACUGCAAUGAAAUUAAAAUUUUAAAAGAAACUAAUGCAAAAUAUCUAAAACAACUUGAGGCUCAUAAAACUGACGACGAGAAAAGUAAAGAACUUGGCGAGUUUGAGCGGAUUUCCAAAGAAUAUAAGAAGUUGAUUAAAGAAAAUGAAAAAUUGUUAGAACUUCAGAUUGACUAUCAGCAAACUAUAGAAACACUUACUGCUGAGAAAGAGAGUCUGAUUGAGAAUUUAAGGCAAUUGGAGGAAAGACAUCAAGAAGAAAUCAAAGUUUUCGAUGAUCAGAGCAAAAAAGAUACGAUCGAAAUCCAGAAUAGAAUAGAAGAAAAUGAAAAAAUUUGCAUUGAAUAUCGAAAAGUCAUCUCCAAGCUUGAGGAGGAUCUAGAUUUAAACUUGAGGGAAUUAAAUGAUGUGAAACAGAAGAAUUACAGUCUUCAAGAAGCACUUGAACAUUCAAAAGAAACGGAAAGACAAAUCGCUGAUAGAACCAGUGACGAGAUACUUAAACUAGUUCAAGAAAAUGCACAGUUGGUGGAAAUGAAUCAAAAAUUGCAAACUACGCGUGACAACAGCAAACAAAUGGAAUGCCAAACUGAGGAUUCAACAAACAAUGAAUUGGAAGAACUCGUCUCAACUUUGAAGAGAGAAAAUUCCGAGCUGUUGGCCGAGAUGAAUGAAAUGAAUCAAGCGUUGAAAGAAAGAGGAGAAACAAUUUCAAAAUUGCAAUCCCAUUGUGAGGAAGUUAUGAAAAAGUUGCAGUUGUAUGAGACACAAGCAAACAAAAAUGUUGACAACAUCUCCCAAAAGGAGGAAAUAAUCAAAAAGCUAGAAGCGGAAAUCGAGCGACUUAAAACGAACAGUGACUUAAAUUCAAACACAUCGGAAAUAAGUGAUUUAAAAAACGAAAUUGAGAAUUUGAAAGAAAGAUUAAAUGCGAAUCUUGAUUCAAGUUACGCCGAUAGUGAGUCCAUGUCAACGUCAACAAUUUCAAGAUCGGAGGAGGCAAACAGGAUGAAAGACUUGGAGGGUUCUUGGGAGGAAAGAUACGGAAAACUUCGAAACUUGGGCGUGAAAUUAAAAGGAAAAGUUCGCGACUUAUCCAACGAAUUGGUGAAAGAGCAAAACGAGAAAAACGAUAUUCAACAAAGAUGUGCCACUAAUAUAAAAACAAUAGCAACAUUGCAAGCCCAGUGUGAUAAAUUACAAGACGAGUUGGAAGAGAAUAAAAAACAAAUAAAGGAUUAUUCGGCUCGAUUGGAUUCAACUCUUUCUGAAGUCUCAAAAGAUAAACAAAAACUGAGCGAAAAUGAGGAAAUUAUCACCAUACUUAAGAAAGAAUUGGAAGAACUGAAUCAAGAGAAAAUCACGACUGAAGUGUGGAAGAAGCAAAUAAGUGGUAAAGUUUCGACACUUAGAAAGGAACUCGACGCAAACAAAGUUUUGAAAAAAGAAUACGAAGCAAAAAUCGCCAAACUCAGCGCUGAUUUGGAAGCCAAGGAACAAGCGCUGAAAGCCGAGAGCGAGUACCAUCAACAAACUAAAAAUUCCCUGGAACAUUCCAAUAUCGAACGCAAGAAAAAUUCCGUCCUCAAUUUGGAAAUGCAAGACUACGAGAGGAGUGUUAAGGAGUUGUCACAGAAGUUGGAAAAGAAGCAAGAAGAAAUAACCAAGUUGAAAAGUCAGCUAGAAUCGCAGAAAAGCACAACGAAUGCGGUCCGCGAGCAGAAUAAACUUUUAGAAGAACGAGCGGAAGAAAUGAAGACUCAAGUUGGAACAACACAGGCUGAAAUAGUCGGUUAUAAAAAGCAAAUUUCCGAUUUGGAAUCGGUGGUGUCAACUAAGGAGAAUAAAAUCCACGAUUUGACCCAACUGUUGGAAACUGUGCGUUCAGAAAAUGAAGAAUUGUCGACUGAGUUGUCCAAAGUUAUAGCUGAGCAUCAGAAAGUUAACGCAAGUUUGAAAACCGAGAAAGAAAAUUUGAAAGGUCAAGUUUUGGGGCUGCAACAGACGUUAAGAGAGGUCCAAGAUGUCUUAAAACUGAAAGAAGACGAAUUGAAAAUUGUGCAAAGUGAUUAUGAAAAUUAUAAAGUCCGGGCGCAAAGUGUCUUGAGACAGAAUCAGAAUCGGGAUGUUGGCCUUGAGGAAAAACUGUCGGAAGAAGCAACAGCACUACGGGUGAAAUGUGAGGCUCUCACUACGGAAUUAAACAAGUGCAGAACUGCUAUUGAAGAUUUGAAGAAAGAAAACGAAGUACUGAUUCACGAAAAAUUAGAAAUUUCGAGCAAAUGUGAAGAAGUGACUAGCGAAGUUGAGGAUCUUAAGACUCUUUACGACCAAUUGACAAACAAACACCAGCAAACAGUGAUCGAACACAGCGAAACCGUCAGAAGUUUAAAGGUCCAUGCCGAGACUUUGGCCCAGUGCUACCGCCAGCAGUUAUCAGAGCAGGAAGUUCGCCAUAACCGCGAAAUAAUCGAACUGCAGAGCAAGAUCGAGAAAGCCCCGUCCCCGGAGUUGUCACUACCGCCACUGCCGAUGCAUCGUGAAGAAGGAGAAGGGUCUGAAAGUACCGAAAAUACGAAUAAAAAUCCCAUGCAUCCUGUACCUUUAGAAAGAUUGUUAGGUGGCGACACUGACCAGGAAGUUGCUUUUUUGAAAAAACAAUUAAGUGAGGAAGAAUCUAAAGUGGUUCACUUGACUGCCUUGCUGGCUGAUACAGAACAGGAUUUGGCGAAGCAUGCCCAGAUGAAUAAAUUGCUGAAAGAAGAGAUAAGGAGACAACAGAGAAGUGUGGAGAGGGAAAAACAUGCGGAAAAUUUGGAGUAUUUGAAAAAUGUUGUUUUCAAGUUUGUGACUUUGCAUAGCGGGGACGAGAGAAGUCGCUUGGUGCCAGUGUUAAAUACGAUUUUGAAAUUGAGUCCUGAAGAGACUCAGAAACUUAAUAUGGUGGCUCGGGGCGACCCGGGGAUUCGGGGAUGGACCAAUUAUCUUCCUUUGUGGCCAUCACCGUCGAAACCAUAAUUAAUACAUAGUUGUUGUGUAAAUAUUGAUAAAUAAAUUAUUUCUUAUUCACGUUUUAA